UAAGUGCAGCGCGUGAAUCGAACGUUCCGCGCGUUUUGUUAUUUUGUAACAUUUUAAACUUCGCUGGAUACAUUGUUGCCGCAACGGUUGUUUCCAGCUCAGUGGAAACAAUGUAUCCGAUGGCAGCGUGGGGAUGAAAGGGGGAAGAAUGAAGAUCUUUUGCUCAUGUAUGGCUUGAAUUAGUGGUUGCGGCUCAGUCGAGUCCAUCUAACUGUAAUUUGUGCUGUUGGCCUGUUAGCUUUAGCAGAGUUAGCCGUAGCACAAUAUGAAAGCUCCUUAUAUCCAGCAGCAGGUUUGUAAAAAAAAAUACUCCUAUUUUGGUAGUUUUCACCGCUUUUCGUACCUGGACUUUUCAUGGGGAGUUGGAGAGAGCGCGUGAACACCAGUCUCAGUGCCAGCUGACAGGCUGUAAGUUUCCUGGGACUCUCUUUCUGGCGAACUGGAUCAAUGAUGGAAUUGCAAACAUUACAGGAGGCCCUGAAAGUGGAAAUACAAGUCCAUCAGAAACUUGUCGCCCAAAUGAAGCAGGAUCCACAGAACGCAGAUCUGAAGAAACAACUUCACGAGCUCCAAGCGAAAAUCACGGCUCUGAGUGAGAAACAGAAAAAAGUGGUUGAGCAGUUGCGGAAGGAGUUGCUGGUCAAACAGGAACCCGAACUCAAGCCACAGACGUUCCCAGCAACCGCAGACGGUAAAACCGUGCUGCUGACGCCCGCCUGUCCCCCUUCACAGCCGCCCACAGGGCCUCCACACAACCAGGGGGCGCCACAGAAGACUCUCACCAUGACGCCGGUCAUAACUGCAAAGACUCUACCUCUCGUGCUGAAAGCUGCCACCUCCACCAUGCCUGCUUCCAUGGCAACACAACGCCCCACAGUCGCCAUGGUCACUGCCAUCAGCAACCCCCCGAGACCCGGCGCCAAUUCCGACUCCCAGAGCACACCAAUCAACCUUCAGGUGGCCAGCAAGCUACCCAAUCAGGACAUAGAUGCCGGCACACGGAUUGUGUCCAAGAAUGUUAUUGUCGUGCAGGCCACCACCAACUCUGCCCAGCCUAUCAAAGUUCCCCAGUUUGUCCCUCCUCCUAGAUUGACGCCUCGACCCACCUUUCAGCCACAGGUUCGACCAAAACCCCCCAUGCCCAUCAAUGUGCCCAUCGCUCCCGCUCCUCCUCCAAUGGUGGCGGCUCCUCUAAUCCAGCGGCCCCUGAUGCUCACUACAAAGCUGACAUCAUCUCUGCCUGCCUCCACUGGGCCCAUCCACCAGGUGCGCAUUGUGAACGGACAGCAAUGCGCCACCAUUGACAAGACCACGACCGCAGUCACGGGCGGCACCACGCAUGUCACAGGCAUUGUCAUCAGUCCUGCCCAGGCACUUCAAAUCAGCAACCUUAACUCAGACUUGAAGACUGUGAAACCACAGGGAGGACCAGAACGGGUGGUCACAAAAACACCACCCUCAUCCUCUCCUCCUCUUCCUCCUCCUCCAGCUAAGGUCAAACGAGAGGAAAGCCCACAGAAACUUGCCUUUAUGGUGUCUCUUGGGUUGGUUACACAUGACCAUCUUGAAGAGAUUCAGAGCAGAAGACAGGAACGUAAGAGGAGAACAACAGCCAACCCAGUGUACAGUGGAGCAGUGUUUGAACCCGAGAGGAAAAAGAGUGCUGUCACUUACUUGAACACUCCACUGCAUCAAGGCACCAGGAAGAGAGGUCGCCCUCCUAAAUACAGCACCACCAUCACCAGCAGCACGGCGGUGCCGGAGCUGGGCUGCAACCCCCUGCUCUCCCCCACCAGCAGCCUUCCCGCCUCCCCAGCCCCUGAGCGGCCUGACACGGGGGGCUUUCCCCUCUCUGUCCACCCUCAUUCUGUCCCCCAGCCCAGCCCCAGCUCCGGGGAUGGAGACAUCCAUGAGGAUUUCUGCACUGUGUGCAGACGCAGUGGACAGUUGCUCAUGUGUGACACAUGUUCGCGCGUCUACCACCUCGACUGCUUGGACCCACCCCUCAAAAACAUUCCCAAAGGCAUGUGGAUCUGUCCUAAAUGUCAAGACCAGAUUCUGAAGAAGGAAGAGGCCAUUCCAUGGCCAGGAACCCUGGCAAUUGUCCAUUCCUACAUUGCUUACAAAGAAGCAAAAGAAGAAGAGAAGCAGAAGUUAAUGAAAUGGAGUGCCGAACUAAAGCUGGAACGAGAGCAACUAGAACAGAGAGUGAAACAGCUCAGCAAUUCUAUAACAAAAUGCAUGGAGACUAAGAACAGCAUACUUGCCCGUCAGAAGGAGAUGCAGUCCUCUCUGGAGAAGGUGAAACAUCUGGUCCGCCUAAUCCAGAGCUUUAACUUGACUCAGCCCAUGGAGACGGACAUCCUACAGGAAACCAAACAGGACUGCACAGAGUCAGGGAGCAUCAAAGACUCAAAGGAUGCUACUCAAGUGUGUGUGCAGGAGAGUCCCACAGAGCCUAGCGUGCAAGUACCAGUCGCUGUAGCAGUCCCUGAAGUGAAGGCAGAGCCAGAGGUGGGUGAAAUGGCAGAGCCAGCGGCCGCAGUCACACCUGAAGCUGCGUCAGGUGAAUCGGGAAUUUGUGUUCCGGAAGUGCCCAAAACCACAGUUGGUGACGAUAUAAUGGAUACGGUGAAAACAGUGGAGGCUGCGGAAUUGCCUCAGGUCAGGGACGUAAAGACUAAUGGAGGAACAGACUGUGAUUGUACCGGCUUGAACCCGGAAGAAGAGGAGGGUACUGUCGAUGCCGCAGAUUCGGUCGACUCUGAGAACAUCCCUCCCAUUGACAGUAGUUGUGCAGAGGAUGCUGGGAAGAUGGAAGUGGAGCUGCAGGAAGAUGGAAGUCAUGGCGUGAACACCAACAACGGCAAAACCUCAGAACCUUCUCAACAGGCUUUGCCAGCCCCUCUAAGCAGCGUGGACAACCCCAAAUAGUUCUCAUCCUCACCCUAAACACACUUACAUCACCAAAACAUUUAAACAGAUUUCCUAUUGCACCUUGGACUGGUGCACAAAGUUGCCAAUCUAUACGUAUAUAUAUAUAUAUAUAUUAUACAUAUAUAUAUUAUCUAUAUCCAAAUAAAUGUCGUUUUUUAUUUUC